UUGUCAAUAUCAGUAUCAUUCUAUUAGUGUGAUUGCGAGAAAGGUGUAGGAGACAAAAGAUGCAAAACAAUUUUCAUACCUGUAAUGGCACUGGAUAUAGAACUGAAAUGUGAUUUCCAGUUUUACAUGAUCUUCGUUUUGUGUUUUCUUUAUUGCUUUCCAUUAUUUCCCUUUCUGUUUCUCUCUUUUAUCUUCCUGUAAUUAAUUUUUCAAUCUGUAAAUCCCUAUUGUUUUAGGAGGGAUGGUGGGGAAUGGGGUCAAGAAUUAAUCUGAACCCACCCAGAAAUUUGACUGGGGGGAAAAGACUCCCCUCGCCUUCCAAUAUCGACCCCCUGAUGCCUUUCUUCGGAUAAUCUCCAGUGCAGUAUUUCCAGGGGUGUACUUCUAGGCUUAUGGGAAUUCCCAUUUAUACAGGAUAUCAACUGACAUUCGGAAGUUAUCAAGAUGUCCUUUGUAUCCUGCACUAAGAACAGACUUUGCCCUCCUGUGUUCCAUUGUUUUUAUCUAUUUCCAACUUAUUAAACAACAAUCAGUGCCCAAACAUUCAAAGUGAUAUAUAGUGUACUCUUUACAAAAGACGACUGAAUUCAGCCAUUCAUCGGAGUGAAAGCUGUCUUGGGAAAUAUGGCAAACUUGGAGAGAAGUUUAUUCAUUAAACAAGUCAUGAUUGUUAAUAUCUUCAUUUGUUGCUGUCUGGUGACCAUCACCAAUGGCCACAUCGUCGACAGGGGGGACGAUGUUGAAACCUUGAAUGUUUAUGUGGUUCCUCAUAGUCACAUGGAUGUAGGCUGGGUUUACACAGUUCAGGAGAGCAUGCAUGCUUAUGCUGCCAAUGUUUACACCACGGUGAUAGCUGAACUUGCUAGAAACCCUGCACGCCGAUUUAUUGCUGUUGAGCAGGAGUUCUUCAGGCUGUGGUGGGAUGGUGUGGCCACAGAAAAUCAAAAGAGCCAAGCACAAAAGUUUGUUAGUAAUGGUCAGAUGGAGUUUAUUAUUGGAGGUCAGGUGAUGCAUGAUGAAGCAGUGACUGAACUUAGUGCAAUUAUACAACAAAUGACAGAGGGACACGCCUUCAUCUAUGAGACAUUCGGUGUUCGACCUCAGUUUGGCUGGCAUGUAGAUCCUUUUGGCGCUUCUGCAGCUACUCCCACUCUCUUUGCACUCAUGGGAUUCAAUGCUCAUCUGACAUCACGAAUAGAUUAUGAUCAGAAAUCUGCCAUGAUGAAGUCAAAGGGACUUCAGUUUGUAUGGCAAGCCUCACCGUCUCUUGGAUCAUCACAGAGUAUGUUCACCCAUGUCAUGGAUACAUACAGUUAUUGUGUUCCAAUGGAGAAACCACCAUUUUCUAACAGAUCUGCAUACAUGUGGAAUGGAGUAGCAAAGUUUCCCAAUCCACCAUCCGAUGGUAUCUACCCCAACAUGAGUGAUCCAGUGACGUCAAAGAAUGUUGGAGAGUAUGCUGAUUUCAUGGUGGCUAAUAUACGUAAAAGGGCUGCUUGGUUCAAGACUCCUCAUCUACUCUGGCCUUGGGGUUGUGAUAAGCAAUUCUUCAAUGCUACCGACCAGUAUGGAAAUAUGGACCGCCUUCUGGUAUAUAUAAACCAACAUCGAUCUAAAUACAACAUAAAAAUCCGUCAGGCGACACUUGGCCAAUUUUUCACUGCUCUACACAAUAGUCAAUCUAUAUGGGGUGUUAAGAAUACGGGAGAUUUUCUUCCUUAUUCGACUGCACGCGAAGAAGCAUGGACCGGAUUCUACACUUCAAGGAUUGAGUUGAAAGGAUUAGCACGGUCUAGUCAGACCACUCUUAGGUCAGGAGAGACACUCUUCUCUUUGUAUACCCAUCUUUAUAACAUCUCAAGGACUGUGAAUACCACCAGUGCACUGGAAAAUAUCAAGAAACUCAGAUGGGCUUCAGCGGAGGUACAACACCAUGAUGGUGUGACGGGAACAGAAGCCCCCGUGGUGCGUGACAUGUACAUCAGUCACCUACGUGAUGGAAGCCAAAAUACCUUAGAUGUAAUGAAAGAUAUUCUCUAUGAACUGACACAAGUUAAUACUAGGGAGACGGAACGCCGCAAUGAGGAAUAUAAUAUACUUGGGGUCAAGUCAGAUGAAAGGAAGGGUGCUGUCACCUAUGCAGUCUAUAACUCUCUUGGAUGGAGCAUUCGGCGAUUAGUCAUGAUAGAAGUCGACUCGCCUAAUGUCACAGUUUUAGACUCACAGGGAAGACGAGUCAUCAGCCAGGUCAACCCACCAUCGAGUGGGAGUCAGCUCUACAAACUUCACUUCUUUGCUACCAUCCCUCCCAUCGGGUACCAAACUUUUGUUCUUCUAUUCUUCAAUGAUAACCCAUCAUUCAGUGGAAUCCAACGUCAAUUCCAAAGUGAAUGUCCCACUUCAAUAAGCUAUGAGGCCAGCACUAGUGAGGCUUCGGAAGAUGGAGGCAGAGAAGAAGGGGGUGGUGACGCGGAAGAAGAUGAAUUAUCCAUUGAGAAUGAUUGCUACAAAAUAUCUUAUGAUCCUUCAACGAAUGCACUGUCAUCAAUAACCAAUAAACAGAAUGGCAAGAUCACAAAAAUAAGUGCUGGAUUCCUGGAGUACCAUGUAUUCCAUGAUGUGCUGUAUGGCCAAACAUCCAACAAUUAUGUCUUCAGACCAUACGGACCUGCCUCGGGUAUCAGUAGCGUCAAAACCAAGCUUGAUAUCUCUAAGGGUCAUCUGAUAAAUGAGACAACGCAACAUUUCUAUGGGUUGUUUGAUGUGGAAAGUCGCUACUCAGUGACCAUGCGAUUGGUCAAUGAUGCUAGUGGACAUCCUGACAAGAUUUCAUGCAGCCAUAUCGAAGUGGACUUCAAAGUUGGACCCCUCUCAAUGAACAAAGAACUUGUCUACAGGUUUUCUACAUCUCUCAAGUCAAAUGGGAACUUGUAUGCUGAUGUCAAUGCCUUUCAGACGAUGAACAGAUCUAGGCGCCAUGGAGCAACCAUUGCACAAAACUUCUUCCCAAUGGUAAGCUCAGCCUACAUAGAGGAUACUUCUACAGAUGAUAGACUGAUGCUGUUGUCUGAUAGAAGCCAUGGAGUCAGUAGUCAAAGAGAUGGACAUAUUGAGGUCAUGUUACAUCGGAGGGUGGUGAAUAAUGAGUUCCAGACCCACGACUACAACCUCACCCUGGAGGAACCCUCUAUAGCAACAUCCACAUUCUGGUUGUUGCUAGGCAACGCAUCAAUGACAUCGGAACUCCGUCAUCGCAGCUGGCUUCAACUCGAGAAUCCACCUGUCGUUGUGAAGGUGGGAUCAUCAGGGUCUUUGGAAGAAGUUUACUCGUCAGACUUGCAAACUCAGAGGUUUCAUUCAGCGAUAGCUAAUGUGCUACCAAAGAACAUUCACCUUCUCACCUUCAAAACACCAGGCUGGAAUUACAAUGACACUGCCAAAAACAGCAAUUCAGCAGGAACUUCACCCAAUCUAAGUCGAAUUCUGCUUCGUCUCCAACACCUGUAUGAAGUAGGUGAACAUCCAAUUCUAUCCAGACCUGUAACAGUAGAUCUUCAAAGCGUGUUAUCACCUUUGGGAAUGAUAAAGACAGUGGAUGAACGUAGCCUAACAGGUAUCUGGAACAUCACCCACAUGAACAGAUGGAAGUGGAAAACAGCAGGUGAAAGUCCAAGUGAAAAUUCCAACAACAUCAAUAGGACUAAAGACACACCAAACACAUCAGCAGCACCUACCACCACUAAAACACCAACCACUGCAGCACCACCAAGCUUUGCCUACACGCUGCAACCACAGGAAAUCAAGACCUUCUUUGUCGCCAUGAAGGAACCAUCUCAGAAAUGAGGAUCGCUUCAUGUUCUUCAAGCUGUCAUCCUCUUGUUGAUGUCUAAAGCAUCAACUUCAUGUAAAAGAUGAACCCCUAUUGCGUUGGCGAGGGUGGUAUUCUUUAAAUUCUUAAGAAAAAGGAAAGUCAUUGAAUUCCUGAAUUUUAUUAUGUCUUUUGGAUAAGAGCUUUUAAUACGGUAGUGUUAUCAUCAUAAUCAUUAUCAAUACAAUUGUCAUGGUCAUCAUCAAUAUCCUCAUACUCUGUCUCUACUCAUGAGAUUACCAUUGAUUCACUCUUUAUAUUUGUUGAUGAUAGUUCGGUGAUGUUACCUAAUUAUUAUGCAUUUUGUAUUUCCAUGUAUAAUAUGUAUGUUAAGCUGCAGAACUCCUUCGUAAGGCAGUUUAUGAAACUGAAUAGGUUAACCUGCAGAAUAAAAUGAAUUCAAAGUAACAUUAUUUCCAAUCCUCAUAUUCACCAGUUUCACAAGAAGUAUGGUAUUUUUAAUGUUUUAAUGGUUCUCAAAAUUUCAUUUGAAGCCGACCAAAAGUGCAAUUUACUUUUUAUGUAUGUACAGUAUUAACAUAAUGAAACCCUUGCAGACUCUCUCUCACUAGGGCAUUUUAUCAAUCACUUUGCAGAUGCUUUCUAGAAUGUAGAGAAUCUUUUGUCAAAAGCCCUGUAAGAAAGCAGCCUUUGUCGAAAACCAGUGAAUCAAAACAGCAGUGUCGUCCUGGACUCUGGACAUAUUUGCAAUUUUUUGUCUGGUCCGAAUCUUAAGAGAAUGUGCUGUCCCUGUCCACCAAAUUCAACAAUGAAUUCUAAUCUGUCCAUUUUGAUUAGAGUGGCAUUUUCAAUAGAUUCUGAACGUUGCAGAAAGUGUCUGCGACAUUGUUCAAUUUAAAUAUAUCUGUUCAAAACGCGAGUAUGAGUGCACCUGUUUUCUAUAUUUUGAAUAAAUAUUCACAGAUGAAAGGAUAAAUUAAUGAAACUUUUACAGACAACAAAUUUAACAAAAACAGAAUGGACUUCUGUCCAUAGUUUUAUUACUCUUGUGUUUGCACAACUAUCCGUGUCAUAUUUGGACAUUCCAUAAUAUAUGCAAGAAACAUUAGCAGGAAUUUACAUUUUAAUUUAAAUUCUAUCUUAUGUACUAACCAUCGAUUGACACAUUCAACAAAAUAUAUCUGACUAGAAGAGCACAUUUCUCAAAUUUACAGUGAAAUGUGAAACAUUUUAUUUUAAUCUCUUUCUUUACACUUGAAUUUAUCAUAAUUCUGUUUGAAAGAUUAAUAUGUUUAAUAAAAAGUACUAAGAGUAAUCAACAAAACAACACUAGUAAUGUCUUUUCAUGGGUGUGAAAACUGAAAAGCCUGUAACAGAUUUUCCAGUAAAUGGCUUAGAAGAUUCCAAUCUUUCCAUGUGACAAUUUUUUUUCAGAUCAAACAGGUGAUUUCAUUUCCUGGAUGCAAGCCAGAAAUGUCUUUACUUGGAUUUGUUCUUGUUGAAUAGAACUUAAAUCUUAUAGUGCACUGCCAUCUUUUGGUCUCAAUGUCUCUAUGUGUAGACUCUGUAGACAAUACUUCCCCCCAAUGCAUCACCAAGUGAUUCACACUAUGUUCAAGAAAAAUCUGGCACUUGUUUGGCUUAAUGAAAUACGGGAGUUCCUUAAACACAAUGAGAAAGAAUAUCCGACAACUUUUCAUUUGUUCAGUAUUGAACAAUUACCAAUCUUUCUGACAGAUGUCACGCUUUACUUUUUUGCAACUCUAUAAUUCAAACACAUAUUCAUCACAAUUGUUAGACCACUGAUUGAAUAUAAUUAGUAACCCUUGAUUGAUAUCAACAGGUUUUUAAAUAUGAAACCCAAGGGUAGGUGUCAAGGUGAGCAUCUCAUGAAACAAUUUAGUCGGGUGCAAUAGCUCAAGCAGCAGAGCAAGGGUUUCGGAUUACAGUGACCCAGGUUCAAUCCCGACUUCCCGCAUUACAAGGUCCCUCGGAGAGGACCUCAAACAAUCAGUCCCCUGGUUAUUUGCUUACAAGCAUUCAUGCUUUCAUAGCAAUCAGAUAAAAAAAAUCACCAUUUACCAUUAACCAUUUUCACUGGCGAUUGUUCUGAGAAGCAUUUCAUCAACAUUUUUUUUUAAAGUCAGAUCUGAAAUUUUCCUUGAAUUUGAUUGGCUGAGAAGCACUGUCAACAUGACAACUAUCGGAUAAAACAGCACUUGUCUGAUAAAACAUCAAACAAUUCCUUCCAUGAAAUGCUCCCCUGUACUCACAUGUCUUAUAUUUUCAAAUAUGCAUACCUACAUUUUUUUAUAUAUAAUCAGAAAUGAUGAUUACUUGACAACUUGACAAAGUUUUUUUAUAUAUACAUUUUGCUCUUACAAGAACAACAACUACACACACAUUCAUACAACCAGCAAGAUUUUAAGUUAAAGUGAUCAUUUGACUUUGUUCAGAUUUUAAAAAUUUCUCAUUUGGGUUCUUAAAAAUGGGCUAAACAUUAGGUUUGUAGUGUACAGGCACUUGUACACAUGUUUCAUCUCAGUUUGAGAAUGUUUUUUAAAUCAGUUAGUAGCUCACAAAGUGAAACAAUCCCUUUAAACCAGAAUUGCCCUUUCAGAAUAAUGUUAGUUGCUGUAUACCAAGUCAUGCUGUGACAUUUAGUCCUUACACCCUUUGAGAUAUCAACGACAUGUACAUGUAGCAGCUUAGAACAUGCUAUAAUAUCUUUUAAGUGUAUCUCAAUAUUAUCUUACAGAAUUAGCCUUGUCAUCAUGAAAGGAGGAAAUGAUUAAAAACAAAGUCUAGUAGUAAAUAAUUAUACACACAGAGGAACACAUUUGGGGGAAUGUGUUAUAUUUCACUUGUGUGGACAAGAUUUGAAAA